UCCAUCUCAGUUCAGAGCUUUUCGUCCGAGCUGCUAGCUGCUGGUAGUGUGAGCCUGAAACUUUUCCGAGUCGCAUGUCUGCUGUGCCGCAAUGAGGAGCUGUCUCAUUAAAAGGAUAUAAUAUCUUUUCUGGAGUGUUGUGGAAAGUUAACUUUUUUUCUUCACUGUGAUAACCAUCGACGGAGCAGUGCAAGUGCGUGGCUCGAUCCGCUAGCUCGCCAGGUUUUCAAUUUAGCUAUUCUUGGAGAUUCAGUGACGACGACGGUGACAUUGGAAAGGGAUUAAAAGCUGUUUGCAGGGGAAGCUCGAAAUCCUUGAAAGGAAAAAAGAGAGACAAAAAGUUUAUUCUGUGGCAAAGUGAUUUGUGCAGCACUGUCUGUGAAGGAAUUUCCACGGGUUUCCACUGCAUUGAAGCAGAUUGCGAUGCAGUAUUGGAACAUCGAUGGAAAUCUUGUGAGAAACUAGAGAUAGUGUUGAGCAAGUGUUGAAGGCAAAAAAACAAUAUUGCGGACGAGUAAACCUCAGUAUAGCGAAGAAAAAAAGGUAAGCACAGGAGGAUCCAGCAAACUGCUGCAGGAAAAUCAAUGGUGGAAGAGAUAAAAACUUGAUAUUUUUUACUUUCAAAAUAUCACAUGCUAGGAACCUUUACGAAGGUUACCCUAAGCGAAGAAACAGCGAGAAAACGACAAUAGUGAGCAUUAGAAUUGCUGCAAGGACUGCGAUACGGAAAAGCGAAGAACUCGUAAUUGAAAAGUGAAUAUCGGCGACAGCUGCAACCGUAGCGUGAGACACGGGAGUGAGGCAAAUCAAAAACUCAAAUAAAAUUAGUACAGUUUUUCUUGCUCGGCGAACUUUGCUCGGAAGGGUGAUCCCCGUCUGUAGUAAAGUCAACCCUCCCCUUUAAUCUUCCUCCCACCCACUGGCGCCGAAGGGUUGAAAACAGGAAGCAGCGGACGAAGGCUCGUCGCGGGAUGUGCGAGAGUUAGAAAAGGACAGGGGAAUACUAUCUGCCGUUUGCGCUACCUAGUUUUGAAAGCUGUUGUAGAGUGGCAGCGCCUCCAGUAGCAGUUUUGUUAUCAGCAGCAGCAGCAGCAGCAGAAAUAAAAUUCGAAGAGCUUUGAAACGACGUUCUAUAAAAAAAACAUUUACUGUAGACAUCCUCCCUCUCCGUACUGUAGCAACAUCGAGAGAGAAAACCGUGUUGUGAAGCAUCAGUGGCAGCAUCCAGUCACACAUUCAGUGGUGAGUGUGGUGUUGUAAGAAGCAAAACCGUGACUGUGUUUUCCGCUCUUCACUUCAUCUCUCGAGAUUGUGUAAGCAAAUAAAACCAGCACAGCAAGACAAAUAUAUUCUCGACCUCUGACACCGUACCCGUGUGGUGUUUCGCUGGUUGGCACGUAAGCGAGUGCUUUUCACAGUAGUUCACGCUAACGAAUUGAUUUCAAAGCCGAGGCAAGAGACAGAAGUACCAUCUGUCACACACCGACUGGAAAACGUCGUCACCGGAGAAGAAAAGUUGACCCCGGAAAAUUUAAGUAGAUAAUAAACCCCCAACUUGGAGAGUUACGUACAUACUGCUGUGAGUGAACCCGCAUUCACAAGUGGAACCUGUUAUUGUCUCCGGUGGUGCUCCUGGAGCAAGUGGAUGUGUAGUGGCAAUUAGCGAAUUUCACACAAAAGGAGUCGGAAAACACAGCAGCCAGUUGAGUGAACCACGCAGCCAGAAGAGCGCCAGCACUUGAGAAAUUGGUGUCAUCAUCGUUAAAUGCUCCUCUCUACAGUCUUAUAGCUUUAUUUGCGAUUUCUCCAAGCCAUGGAGAUCCGAGGCCUAAUAACCCGAUUGCUAGGUCCAUGUCACAUCCGACAUCUGAUACUGUGCAGUUUGGGCAUCUACUCCAUCCUGGUGCAGUCGGUCCACUGCCGGCAUCAUGACAUCGGUAGUUCCACGGCGCAUCAGCUAGGCUCGAAAUACUCACAAUCAUCCUCGUUAUCGUCAUCCUCGCAAUCGUCGUCAUCGUUAGUUGAAGAGCCGGCGCUGAACAAAGACUCAGAUGCAUUUUUUACACCAUAUAUAGGUCACGGAGAUUCUGUUCGAAUUGUAGAUGCCGAAUUAGGUACCCUGGAGCGGGAGCAUGUCCACAGCACCACCACACGAAGGCGUGGCUUGACGCGAAGAGAGUCUAGCUCAGAUGCGAACGACAAUGAUCCGUUGCUCAUCACCACGGAUAAAGGUAAGGUACGAGGCCUCACACUCGAAGCUCCCAGUGGAAAGAAAGUAGAUGCGUGGCUUGGUAUCCCGUAUGCUCAGCCGCCCCUAGGACCACUGAGAUUCCGGCAUCCCCGGCCAGUCGAAAAAUGGACGGGAGUGCUGAACGCCACAACACCACCAAACUCGUGCGUCCAAAUUGUGGACACGGUGUUUGGUGACUUUCCGGGUGCCACCAUGUGGAACCCGAACACACCACUAUCCGAAGACUGUCUAUACAUCAACGUGGUUGUGCCGCACCCGAGGCCAAAGAACUCCGCCGUUAUGCUGUGGAUAUUCGGGGGCGGAUUCUACUCCGGUACUGCUACCCUAGAUGUGUACGACCACCGUACGCUUGCAUCGGAAGAAAACGUUAUCGUAGUUUCGCUGCAGUAUCGUGUGGCUAGUUUGGGAUUCUUGUUCCUCGGUACGCCGGAAGCUCCAGGGAAUGCCGGAUUGUUUGAUCAGAACUUAGCAUUGAGAUGGGUACGCGAUAAUAUUCACAAGUUCGGUGGAGACCCAUCGCGGGUGACGUUGUUUGGUGAAAGUGCAGGAGCUGUCUCAGUAUCGCUGCAUUUGCUGUCGGCCUUAUCGCGAGACCUGUUCCAGAGAGCAAUCCUCCAAAGUGGAUCACCCACUGCCCCCUGGGCUUUAGUGUCCCGCGAAGAAGCUACGCUCAGAGCUCUUCGCCUGGCCGAAGCCGUUAAUUGUCCCCACGAUGCGUCUAAGCUCACCGAUACAGUGGAGUGUCUUCGCACCAAAGACCCAAACGUACUGGUCGAUAACGAGUGGGGAACGCUGGGAAUCUGCGAGUUUCCGUUUGUACCAGUCGUUGACGGUGCGUUCCUCGAUGAAACGCCCCAGCGUUCGCUAGCCAGUGGACGGUUCAAGAAAACGGACAUUUUAACUGGCAGUAAUACGGAGGAAGGUUACUACUUCAUAAUCUACUACUUGACUGAACUAUUGCGAAAAGAAGAGGGUGUUACAGUUUCACGGGAAGAGUUCCUGCAGGCCGUUAGAGAGCUGAAUCCUUACGUGAACGGAGCCGCGAGGCAGGCUAUCGUGUUUGAGUACACUGACUGGACUGAACCAGAGAAUCCCAACAGCAAUCGGGAUGCGUUGGACAAAAUGGUGGGAGAUUAUCAUUUCACCUGCAACGUGAACGAGUUUGCCCAGCGAUAUGCGGAAGAGGGCAACAACGUGUACAUGUAUUUGUAUACUCACAGAAGCAAAGGUAACCCUUGGCCACGGUGGACCGGGGUGAUGCAUGGUGACGAGAUCAACUAUGUAUUCGGUGAGCCGUUGAAUUCCGACCUGGGGUACAUGGAAGAUGAGAAAGAUUUCAGUAGAAAGAUAAUGCGAUACUGGUCUAACUUUGCUAAAACCGGAAAUCCAAAUCCAAGUCCUCCAAACAGUGACUUUACAGAAUGGCCAAAGCAUACUGCACACGGUAGGCAUUAUCUAGAACUCGGGCUCAACACAACUUAUGUGGGCCGCGGGCCCCGACUGCGGCAAUGUGCGUUCUGGAAGAAAUACCUACCACAACUAGUAGCAGCUACCUCUAAUCUACAAGCAACUCCUGCUCCUAGCGAGCCAUGCGGAAGCAGUGCAGCACUCUAUCGACCCCUUCUAUUUUUAAUAGUCUCGCUAGUUCUAGUAACCCGUUUCAAAAUAUAAAAGUCUUAUGUUCAUUAGGCUUUAUACAAAGGUCGGUUAUAAAACUGAAUGAUGGUUGCAAAAUAACAUCAAUACUACUAUGAAUACCAAUACUAUUAAUUAAUAAUAAAAACUGAAAAUGGAACAAUAAAGCUAGAUUUUAUUAAAUUUGUCCAUAACUUAUCGAUCCUAAGUGAACAUCGCACUUCAUGCGAAUGAUUGUACAAUUGUUUUCUAUUAUUUUUCAACAACGUUAUGUAAAACAAAGGUGAUAUCAUUGAUAUUUUACUACUCAUACAAUAAAACAAAGUAUUUCCUGUUAUAGAUUGUGAUGAAAAUUUCGCUUUAACUACAGCAGUAAACGUUACUUAAGUUCAAAUAACAAGAAUUUUAUAUAAAAACAACACUAAUUAAUACAACAGCUGCUAGAGACAACUAGACAUUAAAUCGAAAAUCGUUAUUUUGAGAAAAAGAGAAAAAUGAUUUAUGAUACUAGCAGAAUCUCCCCUUAUAAACUCGAGAGAACGCAAAAUGGCUAAUGUGUAAUGAUACAAUAAACACAAGCAUCUAAUUCUAACAAUCAGCUGUUUCUUUACUGAAAUUUAAACAAACUUUCUUAUAAAGAUUCACACAAAACCACACUUACGCCAUUGCUAAACACAUACCACACAUCAAACAACCGAUCGUCGAAGAAAUGGAAUUGUAGAUGACCGUUGCGAGAAAUGAAAAUAGGAAACAAUAGUUAAUGUUAGAUUACCUAAGCCUACAACAGCUGAGCAUGACGAGGAAUAACACCUUCAAAGUAAUCGAAAAAAGAGAAAAAACUGAAAACAUAUCAUUAUAUAAUGUAACUCCGUUGUAAGCUAUUGACAGAACGUGGAAAAAAACAAAAGAAAUCACCCAAGUGUAGUUAAAUAUUUCUAUACAAUUUAUGGUGGCCAAUUUUAAUAUGAUUAAAAAGAAAGCAGCAGAAGUGCAGAACGCGAGGAGAAAAAUGCCCAAACAACUAAAACGAGAUAACAAAUAUGAAGUGAAUUAGGGAAAACCUGCUGUUUACCGAAUUCCUUUUAGCUGCUAGACUAGAAGAUUGCGCAAAUCUUCUACACAAUAUUAAGACUAAGUAUAAAGUAGAAACCACUAAUUAGAAAUAAAAGUAAACGAAAGAGUAAAAAAAAACUUAGAACACACAAAAAAUAUUUAAACAAAAAAGUGAAACCAAUGCGACUGUGUUUAGGCUGCGACGUUUGGAUGUAAAAUUUCUUUGCUAGUUGCACCCAUCCUCACUCAUAAAAUACUAGACUCUAGAUGAAUGACAAAAAAGUAAGAAAAAAUGUGCAAUUUGCGACAAAAAAGUAUUGCCCUUAGUUACCCUAAAAUGUGAAACCCUGCCCAGGAAACCAUAUAACACUAUAAAACCAUUGUGAUGAUUUCCGUAAAAGAAAGUCAAGACAAAAAGAAUAUUUAUCAAAAUUUAGCUCAUCGAAAGUUUGCUCUUACCGACAACAAUUUCGUUCAAAUAAUUACCAUAUUGAUUAGCGAAUAGUUUCCACGUCGAGACGAUCAGAGGCAAAUGUGCACUUUUAUCACCCUUUGAGGUGUACCAAAAGUAGUGCAUUAGUCCAGUUUGCGGUGUAAUCUGCAAUAUCGUGUUGUUAUAUUUUACAUGUUUUAGCUGAAAAAAUUUUCUUUGUCGGCCACGUGUUCAGCAGAAGCAAGUUUUGCGGGUUUAAUCGGGAUUUCCGUAUUUUUUUUGUUUUUUUUUUAUAUUUCGACUUGGCAUAACUAGUGUCGCAAAACCUCCCGGUUAUCCAAGUAGGCCUAAUUGAAUAUAGGCAAAGCAUGUCUCGGCUUCUCGAGAUAUAUGAGAAUAUUCUUCAGAAGAUGACCUUCAUAAGUAAUCGCUAAUCAAUGUUCAUUUUCGCUGCUUUAUUUUGCAGUCCAAGGUAUUAAUACAUAGUCAAAUAUUUAACAAAACACAAAUAAACAUCGGCUUAUAAUUGGCCAGAAAUUUGUCUCUGUAUUUUAGUACGACUGCAUAUUUUCUCAUUAAAUUUUUUUAAUUUAAUAAAACUGAGAGACAAAAUAAAAAGUUUCAAAUCCUUAUAAAAUUCGAAAUUGGGAACGUCCUUCAAAAAGAAAAAAAAAUCCUAAAUUUAUGGUGUCAGUGAUCUUACGAAUAAGUGUUAGUUACUUUAUCAGUAAAUGACAUUUUUCAAAUAAAAAAGAUAUGGUUUUCUUAAGAAUGAUGAAUAAAUCGAAGAAAGAAAUCAAACAAGCGAACCCUCUUUUUUUUCCUCGACAAAGGUAAAGAUAUUGGUUUUUGAAUUUCGAAAUACUUCGAUUUAGAAAUAAAGCCUUAACGUAGGUCAGAUUUUGGCAGGAAUAUAAUUCAGUGGAAUGUGUUUCGGCGUUCUUCCGAGGUAAUUCAUUAUCAUGGGAACGGCCAAAAACAAUCAGGUAAAUGGAAAUACAUGACAGAUCAACAAUUGAGUUAUACUCUUGUCGAAAACAAUAAUAUAGAAAUCAUUUACGAGCGCCUUUCGAUGAGCAAGGACCAAUUUUCGAACAAUAUAAGCUAAACCUGUGAAUGAUCUGUGAGCUGAUUGUGUGUAGAAACGAAAAUAGAAACAAAUCAUUAUACAACUGUGUUAAUCGGAAGUGCAAUGCUGAUAUUAAGCGCCGCUUCAAAGCAAUUGGAAUUCUUGUUCAGUUCGUCAGUAGUAGCUCUCACAUUUAGUCCAGGAAAAUAAAUCGGUUCUCGUGCUAGCUUGUAGACCAAUCGAUGUAACGCUUCAGCAUAAGACACACUAAAAACAAAACCCAAAUGACUCAAAUGCCCCUUUUUUCUCGGUGGUAACCGUUGGUGGCAGAAAGUACAAAAUUGACAAACAUCUUCAUUAACUAGUAUUGAUAGAAGUGGAUUAAAGUAAUUGGCAAUUGUAGCAGACCUUUAGAAGUCAGAUUCUACACCAAAAAUUGCACAUUGAUGUCUCUUAGAAGCCGUGCACUCGACGACUAACCAAAGACAAAAGAGAGCCAGUUUCAGGAUUAAGUAAAACGUGAGCAUGAGUAAUAAGAAAAUGUAUUGCCAUUCGUUCUUUUGUAGUUCUAGAACACGCGAUCCAGAUUUGUAGAAAUCAUCAAUCAAUUUGUCAAACAAAUGAAACACAAAAAUCACUUUAAAACAACGGAAUCAACGAUCGAUAAAAGUAAGAAAUUAAGAUGAACUAAAGUGUAAGUUGAGCAUAAGUCAAUAAACACCGUUUAAUACAUAAGUAAUGCAAAACAACUAAAUAAAAAAGGCUACCUUAGUUAAGUAUCAGAAAAAGACAACACGCGAAAACAGUGGGAAUGAAAAAAUGUUCAUAAUACAUAUCAUUUAAUCUUAGAAUGUAUAAUCAUUUUAGGAAACAUAUUUUUAUUGAAGAAAUAUUACAUAAUUAGCGAAGAUGUGAAAGUAAUGAAACACGCCAUUUAGCAUUAUGUCAAGCUGAAGAAAUGCUUCUAUAUUAUAAAUCAAGGACGAAUGCAAAUUUCUUCUGCUCAUAUUCAGCAUUCGUUAUUCGUAAUGAUCACUUAGAACGGAAAUAAAAAUCAUUGCUACUCAUUUUUAUUUAUUUGUUAUAUUCUUGAUGAGCGCUCUGAACUAUGAAGCGAACACUGAAAUGGUUAAACACUUAUAUUUGUGUGAUGUACAUAUUUUAUGAUGAUUCCUUAACAAUUUACCAUUAUUUUUUUAUUUAUCUGACCCAUGUGUAUCAAUGCCAUUUUAUUUCAUAUUAGGUAAUAACCCAUCAUUUAAAAAUUUGGUAAUUCUCAGAUGAUUGUGAUGGAUCUGUAUGAGCCAGACUCACUGUUUUGUCUUUUAUUAUCUGUCACAAUAACCUGUGAAUAAUGUAAUAUGUUGCCCUGGUUCGAUUGCUGCCUUUUCACAAGUGUUUUUGAAAAGUUAACCAUCUACUUGGUAAAAGAAUUUAAACAUUUAAAAAAAAAGUCAUACCUAACAGAAAUUAGUCUGAGAAACAUCUUUUAUUUUUUGCUUAGUAUUUGUUUAAUGAUGUGAUAAGAUGUGUCAUCAAGUAUCACCAGGUAUGCUAGUUUCAUUUCUACUGUAGUAGCAUCAUACAUGCAUUUGGCCUAAUAAAAAUAAAUCCAAAAAAUAUCUCCACACACCAACUAUUAUCCCUUAUUAAAUCUUUGAUUAAGUAGAAUACAAUUGAAAGGAAAUCAACUAAUCUUUACCUUCUAAAUCCAGCAUGAAAAGAUACAAACGACUAUAGAAAGAUUUAAUUAAUUGCAUAAUAUUGCGGGAUGAUGACGAACACAAGAAAUGUACGGGCUAUUAAAAAUAAACUAAUAAAUUCAUGAACGCUAAUGAAAAUCAAUAAAGUUUUAUUAAAUUGAAGCAAAUAGUUUAUUUUUGUUACCAAUUUCUUCUUAUACAAAAAGAAAAACUUCUGCUAUAUUAAUUAUUUAUUACCAAUAGAUUUAUUAUGACUAUACAUGCUAGAAAGCUAACUAAACCCUAAUUAUAGGUAUUAAAAGAGAACGGAAUGAAAUGGCUAAUACUAAUAGAAUAAAAAUGUAUUUAAUUGAUUAAAAGUAAUUGAACCUUGAAUAACAAAACUAAAAUGAAUAUAUAUGAAACAUAUAAUGCUUUGUUAAAUGUAAAUGUUGUGUAUAGGAAAUAAAGAUACACAAUUUUAAAAAUAU